GGUUUAUAGGGGACGGUGGGCGGGUCUAAACGUGCACCGGAAGGUUGUCGUUCAACUUUGCCGGUGUGUAGCUAGAAUUAACGCCGGACACGCACUAACAGUUAACCAUGGGCAGUGUGUUGGCUGCCAGCUCCCCCCCUCCGCCCCCUGCCCCAGGCAGUGUUAGUGUCCAGGGGGCCCCUGGGUUGGUGUCAGUCCCCCCAGGGUUCUCCAUGCCCUCCGUCUCUCCCGUUCCUGCCCCCGGUCAGCCAGCAGGUGAGACAGGGAGCCCCCUCCCCAACCCUGGUACCUAUGAAGAGUGUCAUCGCAAGUGCAAAGAGGUGUUCCCCAUCCAGAUGGAAGGAGUGCGACUGGUGGUCAACAAGGGCCUGAGCAAUCACUUCCAGGUCAGUCAUACAGUCACUCUCAGCACCUUGGCUGAAUCUGGCUACCGGUUCGGUGCCACCUACGUGGGCACUCAACAGACAGGACCUGCUGAGUCCUUCCCAGUCAUGGUGGGAGACAUGGACAACACUGGUAGUCUGAAUGCCCAGGUUAUCCACCAGCUCACCAGCGCUGUGCGCUCCAAAAUAGCCAUCCAGACUCAGCAGCACAAGUUUGUGAACUGGCAGUGUGACAUGGAGUACCGUGGCGACAACUUCACCUCUGCUGUUACCCUGGGCAACCCAGACGUCCUCCUCGGCUCUGGUAUUAUCGUGGCUCACUAUCUCCAGUCUAUCAGUCCAGCCCUGGCGUUGGGAGGAGAGCUGGUCUACCACCGGAGGCCUGGGGAGGAGGGAGCAGUCACCUCCCUAAUGGGCAGAUACACAGGCAAUAAUUAUGUUGCCACGUUGACUCUAGGAGGCGCUGGUGCUCAUGCAACGUACUACCACAGAGCCAAUGACCAGCUGCAGCUGGGGGUGGAGUUUGAGGGCAGCAUGCGGACGCAGGAGACCGCAGUAUCGUUUGGUUACCAGCUGGACCUCCCUAAAGCCAACCUGCUUUUAAAGGGUUCAGUAGACAGUAACUGGGUGGUGGGGGCGGUCCUGGAGAAGAAGCUGCUGCCCCUGCCCCUCUCCCUGGCCCUGGGAGCCUUCCUCAACCAAAAGAAGAACAAGUUCCAGUGCGGCUUCAGCGUCACCGUUGGCUAGACCGCCACAUACCACCUCCAACACACUGGGCCACGCUUGGACCAGCAGACACACACAUGGACCUGGGCUUGUCAUGUAUGUAUCUACUGGAUUCAGAGACUCUCCUAUACUGUGAAUUGUGGGGCAAAGAGUGAGCGAGGGGGCUACUCUAUACCAAGGAGCCAGGCCUACAUAUUGUAGUACAUGUGCUUUCCUUAUGGUAUAUAUGUGAUACCCAAAGAAUAGAGAGCAUCAUGUGAUGCAGUCCAACGUAUCGUCGCUGUCUGAUGAACCUCUAUCUCAAUUUUUGCCAGUGUAAAAAAAAUGGCUGUGUUUUUCUUUUUCUGGAAAGUAAACUAUUCAGGAAAUGAAAGCAAAAUAACUGCUGUAUUUUACCAUUAACGAACAUACAAUUACCAAACUUCAGAAGCAUUUUGAAUACAUUGUCUUGGUCCUAGAGUCAUGAAAUGUUCAAAGUACAUUGAGUGGAGUUACUGCUUUCAAUACAUGUAACAAAAAUGAAAUUGGCAGAAAUGGAGUUGGGGUUUUCACCAGACCGUGACAAUAUGAUUAUGAAAUGUAUUUAGAAUCAGAAAUAAACUACUUUUGUAUCUUUG